AUGGCAACAACUCAAUCAUCCGACCCCGUGUCACGAACGGGAACAUUCACCAUCCAUUACUUCGCCACAGCAUCCCAAUUCACAUCAAAAAACACUGAGAAUCUACCCGCCCCACUCCCAUUAGCACAGCUCUUCCCUCUGCUAGAGGAACGGUAUCCUAAUAUCGGGAAGAAAAUUCUCGUUAGCUGCGGUGUCAGUCUUGAUGGAGACUAUGUGGAUGUUGAGGAAGAUGCACAGACAAUCAUCCAGGCCGGAGCAGAGAUUGCAAUCAUUCCGCCUGUCAGUUCGGGCUAG